GAAAUAAUAAAAUCGAAUUCAUUGAACUGUGAUCUGCCAAAGUUCUCUCAGCGACACCAGUGCUCGGAAUCCGACAGAUGAACUUAACAUGAGCUUUGUGGAGCAUAAGGAGUGCCCGGCGGAUGGAGACACUGUCAUUGUGUACUUGAAUUUCAACCUUUUCUACGCGCUCACAUUGAAGGCCGGCGAAACGUUCCAAACGAAAUACGGGGCUCUCCGACACAAUGACGUGAUCGGCAAACCCUACGGGAGUCGUGUGCCGGUGAAGAACGGCUACGUGCAUUUCUUGUGGCCGACUCCGGAGCUCUGGACGUUGAGUCUUCCUCAUCGAACACAAAUUCUAUACGCGAGAGACAUCUCAUUGACCGUAUUCAAUCUCGACUUGAAGCCUGGGAGCAUUGUCAUAGAAUCGGGGACUGGCUCUGGAUCAAUGACACACUCACUGGCCCGAGCCGUGGCGCCUCGAGGGAAAGUUUUCACUUUCGACUUUCAUCAGCAACGCUCUGAAAUCGCUCAGAAAGAGUUCGAUGCCCAUGGUCUGGGGGAACUGGUGAAAUGCGCCCACAGAGAUGUUUGCGCCGAUGGCUUCGGGCUUGAGGGAGUCGCGGACGCGGUUUUCUUGGAUCUCCCACACCCCUGGCUCGCCGUUGAGCACGCGGUCAAGGCCUUAAAAGAUUCGGGCGGGAGAAUAUGCUCUUUCUCGCCGUGUAUCGAGCAAGUUCAAAAAACUUGCGAUAAAUUCCGAGAGCUGCGGUGCGGCGAAAUCACGACGCUCGAGUGUUUGGAGAGACCAUACGAAAUCAAGAAGAUUCAGAUGGCGAAGCAGAGCGGCGAUCCAACGAGAGGCCUCGAAUAUUUCCUGGGAGAAGACGGUCUUCCUUUCGACACGACACCAGCUAGCGAGGAGCUCAAACUCGAAAGCGCUGAAGGUCUAGGAGAGGAGCAGAUUACCAAGAAACCUCGCGGUGGCAAGACCAAUGGAGCGAGGAGAGAUCCGGGAGGUGAUCAGAUUCUGACAGCGGUACCAUCUGUAAAUAUUCCGGGCCACACCGGGUACUUGACCUUCGCGACGUUUUUCGGGAGAACCGAGGCGAAUAUCUCGAAUUGUGGGGCUGUACUGCAAGACCAUGAAGGGAUUCCAGACUCCAGCUGA